UAGAUCUUUUCAAGAGUCAGGAGUAGGUCUUUCCGGUUAGUAUAGCGCUCUUCAAGUCAGUCGCUUUCGGACCUUUUGACCAUUUGACCAUGGAAACACUGUAUUGGCAAAAGUGCAAGGACGACUUUGACAGAAGAAAAUACAUUUUGGGCCAUUAUCCAUGAAAUGGAUUACGCUUGAAAACGUUCUCUCGAUGUUGUAGUAAGGAGCUUUAAAUUUCUAUCACGUGAUGUUCAGGGUGGCUUAUUUGUUCGAGUCCAAAAACAGCAAAAACACCUGCUUUUUACCUGCUUAUUCUCUUAGUGCUAUAACUCGUAUAUUGUUCUUUCUAGUAUCUAAUUAACGUUACAUAUAGCUGCAGUGAAAUCAAAAGGAGUGCCUUUUAUUAGAAGCUCAACAACAAAAAGCCUGACAUGUGAAAUAAGUACCCCGAAAAACAAAGAGAAGCGGGCAAAAGAACUCUUUAAGGAUCAAAAUGAUGUUGGCAAGAAGAAAACUUGUUUUAAUUUUUUUGGUGAUUGUUACCACGACAGUAAUGUACCUGUGGAAGAUGCAAAUAGAUUCCAAUACAUAUAUCAUUGAUACUCUUAAAAACGAAAAGAGAGAUCACGAUUCAAGAAAAGGUGCAUCUAAAAGUGAAGGAACUUUUGCGCAGGCGUUACGUAAUGUAAAACGUCAGCAUGUCCAAGCAAGUGUCGUAACAAAACAUGUCGAUCUUUUCAAGGGCUUCAGAAAUGUUUCAAAGAACAUCCAAAAUAAUAGAAUGAGCACCAGGAAACAUGAGGACAUCGAAGAACAAGUCAACAAAGAAUGGAAAAUACUUGCUGGAGAUAUUUCUGAGUCUGAGCGCAGUCUUCCGAAAAUGAAAACCAUAAAAGUUCGUCAAGUGCAGCCAAGCAAAUCGAGGCUUUCUGUUUUAGAAAGACUGUUACAAAAGAUGAUGUCCGAUACGAGGGCUCGACAACUUCCUAAAAGGUCCCCCUGUCCUUAUAUGGGACUGGGAAAAAUUUAUAACGAAACCGCACUGGACGACAAGAUUGGCAAGGUCAGUUGUAAGCCUCGUAUCUUAAAAGCCAAGGAUUGCAAGAUGGCAAAUAAAGCAUACAAAAUACACAGUAAACGCUUAAAAUGCACCGCAAACAAACCAAUAAAAGACCUGUGCGUAUUUCAAGAAACAUGGCGGUCAUCUCCAGAUAUGAUCGCAAGUGUGCGUUGUGAUCUUACUGCAUGUGGAGGUAAUCCUGUCCAAGUGAUUAACAUUGAUCCGGAGUAUGGAAUUCUUGCUGAUGUUGAGAGAUGGUACGAGUUCUCCACGUCCGAAAGUUUGGAAGAUUUUAUCCCAGAAUUUGUCGCUAAAAAUUCUUUUAAAGGACUACGGUUUUGUUUUCUUCGCUGUCGACAUCCAACGCGUGGUGGAUACGUCAAACAAAUUCUCUCCUUUCCACCGAUAAUGGAAAAAAACGAUGAUGCUCCGUUAAAUAAGAAUGUAUUUAACUUUAAUAUUUUAGUUCUUGAUUCAGUGUCCCGGGCGCACUUUUAUCGCUCACUUCCCAAGACUGUAAAAACAAUGAGGAAGAUUGUACAUGAUAAGAGCAAGCAAGCAACGGUGCUGGACUUUGAGCUUCUACAAAGUGCUGCUCCUUAUACGUUCUAUAACAUGAGAUCCUUUAUGUCAGGAAAAAGCCAACAGAAUAAGAAGCAAGAGUAUGGAAUCAAGUUAUUGUAUGGACUACUUAAGUCGAAAGGGUUUUAUACCAUGUUACAAGAAGACAGUUGUUGGUAUGAUUCCUGGGGAUCUUUAUUCACCAACAACGUACACCAGAACAGCACUCCCAAAUCUUUCGAAGAGUUUGCUCACCAAUGGGAUGUUUUCACUAAUCGAGUGUUUGGUUAUCAUAUUGAUGAUUUUGGCUUGUCGCAUACUUCUUGUGACGUCUACAGGCAGUAUGGAACUACGAAUCCGUUCGAACAACCUAAAAUCUGCUUCUCUGGUAAACCGUAUGGAGAUUUCUUCUUAGAUUACACAGCAAAAGUGUUUCAAGCGUACAGGGAUUCUGACAAGAAACGUCCCGUUUUUGCGUACACUCACUUAAAUGUGGGGCACGAAUUUUCAGGAAGGCGUAUUCGACAAAUUGACGAAAAACUGUCGUGGUUUGUCCGUUCGAUGGCAAAAGACCAAGAUACCUUAACUAUAAUACUUUCUGAUCAUGGUCCUAAGACAACGAAAUUCUCGUUUAAAACAAUGUCAGGGAGAGCAGAAAUUUACGAUUCCCUCUUAUUCAUGAUCCUUCCGAAGAAUGUUGCGGAGAAGCUUGAGAUGCAAAGAACUCGUGCCUUAUUUGUGAACCAGCGUCGUUUGAUGACUACAUUAGAUCUCCAUAAAGCUAUUAUUUCUUUUGUGAAAUCAUCAGAAGGCCAUGAUCGAGGGGUAUUUACUGAAGUGUCUCCUCAACGCACAUGCGCAAAUUUAACAAUGAAACACUCGGCUGUUUGUAAAUGUACAAAUUGGGAAACGCUGUACCCUGACGAUUACGGGAAUUUUACUUGGUUGGCAGAAUUCGCCCUGGGUGAGAUCAACAAUAAUAUUCAGAAAGAGUUUAUGUCUGGAGGAGACAAUGUAUACGGUUUUGGAAAAUGCCAGCGAUUGGUUGGAAAUAGUUUUAAAAAGGUUCGACAUCGUAUGGAAGGAGAUAAACACGUUGUGACCAUGGAUAUCAUAGUCAAACCAAUGAAUGAGAUUUUCGAAGCACAGUUUAGAUACUCGGAAAAAUCCCGCGGGAUCCGCGAUCUUGCCGAGCUUAGCAGUCUUCGCAGAGUUAGUAUUUACAGACAUUUUAAACGCUGUGUCGACCCUCAAGUUCCUCUGGACCAUUGUGUUUGUAACAACAAAACGAGGCGGAAAACUCGGGGAACUUCUUGGAAAUGGAUUGAGGCCAAAGCAACCUCAGAUAUCCUAAAUAUCAUAAAACGCACACGAAGCUUUAAAUCUAAGACAUCAGUCAAAAAUCUACACGGUAACUGUUUAUUGUUGUUGUCAAGGAGACAUAAGAGAACAUUAGUUUAUGAAAUAGCCAACGCCUGUUCUGAUCGCAAGUAUAAAGUUCGCAUUGCAGGACGAAGUAAGGGGGCAUUUAUUUUAACACGUGACUUACCGAUUUCGAUAUCAUUACGUCCGCUAACCAUUCAUUUCCUGUUCGGUAUUUAUCAUUUCAAAAAGCCAUACAAUUUUUAUGUGAAAACGUCUUACAAAGUCUUCAUAGAAAAGUAAGGUAACAUCAAGGAAAGAAUCAUUUUACAGAAAUUUCUUAGUUAUUUUGUAGCUAUUUAAUUAAAAAAGUUGACUUUUGCUAA